ACACAACAAAGAUGGCAGCGCCCAUGGUCGUGUAAUUCUUGUCCCUGUCGAAUACAAAGAUUACUCUUAAGUUUUUUUGACAUACUUCAUCGGUCUGUUUAAACAUUCGUCACUUCAAAUGGAUGAAGAUGAAUAUGGAGAUAUUGACUGGAACUACGAUCAAGCUGAAACUGCUGCGGAUGAGGAUGAGGAAGGAGAAGAAGAUGAAGACCCUGAUAGAUACAAAGAGAAUGAAGAGAUCACCAAAGAAUGCUUGGAAGCCUUCGCCAGUACGGAUUACAUCAUGGAGCCUGGAGUCUUCAAAGAUCUCAAGAGGUAUUUCAAGGCAGGUGGGGGCCCGGAACAGGUUGUGGUGUUAUUAUCAGAGCACUACACGGCUGUCGCUCAGACUGUAAAUCUCCUGGCAGAGUGGCUUAUAUUCACAGGUGUAAACCCAACAGAAGUACAACAAAUGGUGGAGGACCAUCUCAAAGUGCUGAUCGUGAAGCACUUUGAUCCUAAGAAAGCCGACACCAUCUUCAGUGAAGAAGGAGGGACUCCAGCAUGGUUAGAAGCUAUGAUUCAGCACCGGACGUGGAGGGCGCUGUUCUAUCAGCUGGCUGAAUCUUACCCAGACUGCCUCAUGUUGAACUUUACUAUCAAGCUUAUAUCUGAUGCUGGUUUCCAAGGUGAGAUUGGGGUUGUUACCACAGCUUGCCAUGAGAUUGGAGUCUUCUCCAAAGUCCUCCAGACAUCCAUCAAUAAACUCCUAGAGGGAGGGGAGGAGGCCAUCGUUAAGCAUCUACCAGAAUUCAGUAAAAUGGUAUGCCAUGGUCAGCAUACAUUCCUGUACGCUGAGGUGAUGAUGCAGCUACUUGCCAGGCAAGAUGGGGGAGAGUCCAUCAUCAGGAGAUUAUGUCAAGAAGUCCAAUCCGUCGGAUAUCAGAGGGGUGAAGGUGUAACACAAAUCAGCCUAGCGGUCAGCGGUGCUACUGCUUACCCUCGAGCCUGCCAAGCACUGGUCUCCAUGAUCUCUCGCAAAGCCCUUAACCCAGCGGAUAUGUCAGUGCUGUAUAAGAUGUACAGUGAUCCCGACCCUCCCCCUGUGGAGCUGAUCAGGGUCCCUCAGUUCUUCUCCCUGUUCAUGGAGGCACUCUUCAAGCCCGGUGCUACCAUCAACUCAGAUCACAGACCCAAGUAUACCUAUCUCCUAGCCCAUGCUACCUGCGCUCAUGAAACAUGGAGGCUGGGUAAGAGAACAUCUGUGACAAAAGAUGAGCUGAAGGCCACCAACAUUGCCAUCGAGAAGGUGCAUGCUAUCUGUAGCUCAGGCAAGAAAGGAGAAUCAGAGCUCAGCAGUGAACUCACUAUGGUCUAUCAGUGUAUCAGGUACCCAGUGAUAGCCAUGGGUGUAGUCUACUGGGUAGACUGCGUGGUCCAGGACCCCACAUACUUCCAGAGAUUGACAGACCACACCCCCAUACAUCUACUACUUCUUGAUGAGGUUGUGAACUGUCAUCAAUUACUGCAUUCCAAAGUUCUUGACGUUCUCAUGCGACAGUUUUCAGCACCAUGUCCUGAACUGGAUGUGAUGGUUCAGAUGGAACUGAAAAAGACAAUCUUGGACCGCAUGGUUCAUCUCCUUAGCAGAGGCUUUGUGGUACCUGUCAUCAAGUACAUUGCCAAGUGUGUGGAGAAACAAGACACUGAUAUCUCACUCAUUAGACAUUUUGUUACAGAGGUUCUUGACAUGAUAGCGCCUCCAUACACAUCAGACUUUGUACAGCUCUUCCUACCAGUCAUAGAGAACAGUGACAUCACAGACUCAUUACGCAAUGAAGAUGGCAAAGAUCCUGUAUCAGACUUCAUCGUGCAUUGCAAGACACAUUUUAUCAUGAUGUGAGCAGAAAACAUUUAGGAGAUGCUCAACCUUCAGAGAACUGGAACAGCUGAAUUUGGCUCAAGCUAAAACCUGAACAUAAACUUGCUAUCUACUGUGAGAAACCAGCAACGGUUAUAAAAGUUGGCUGGGUUAUCAAAGAGGAAUGGAAGAGUCGCAGAGUCUGAUGGACACAAUUUGUAAAUGCUUUUACAGUGCACAUGACUGGAAAGUCAUGGAUUCUGACAUUCCAAACGGAAGGCUUGAAGGCAUCGUAAUUCUCCUGUGGACACAGCCAGAGGCUCCACAUGGACUGGCCUGUUUGAAUCCAAGCUUUGAUGUGAACGGCCCGAGGCAAGACAGUGAUCUGAGUUUGCCAGUGUGUACCCAGGAGAGAGAAAGACAGUUCAUGAACUUGACCUUUAAGGGGAAGUCCAUUCUGAUGUCAAAUUGGCUUUAAUAGAAGCAGAAAAAAUUAAACGGUUUAGUGAAAGUAUGAGCAAAUAACAAUAAAAGAUAAUAAAUUAUUAAUUGUUGAAGCUGCGAUCGAUCAAACACAAUUGGCGAAUCUGUGACGUAUCUUGCGAGUCCCCCCCCCCCCCCCCCCCUUCAAUCAUACAUUCACCCUAUAUAAACCCCUGUAUGAAACAAAUCUAUUCAGUCAUCAGUCAGUAUUAAAGCAAUUUAAUAUCUGGGCAGACUUUCCCUUUAAGGGGGGAGGGGGGGGGGGUGGGAAUGAAAAUUCAAAUAUAUUGCUAAAAUUCGUUAUUGUAUUGUACCACUUGUAUAUGUGGGAAAUUCCAAUGUGUGUCCAAUGUAUUACAAAUUAUUAUGGUAUUGUGAACAUGUUUCAAGGUUUUGUCCGAUUCAUCACAAGUACCCA